GAAAUGUGAAGAAGUGUAAGCAGCUCCUUCAGAAAGCUGUGGAGUGCUCUGCUGUUCCACUAGAAAUGUUGGAAACUGCUCUACAAAACUUUCAUUUACAAAAAAAGCAGUUGCUUCCAGAUGAGGAGAAGGAGAACUUCGCAGUAUCAAGUACACAAGAGUCUGGACUUCAGAGCAUAGCUGGAAAUCACAGAAGCCUAAAAAGGAAUGAUUCUGGUGAAAAUUCUUCUACUGUUACCAGACUUUUUCUUGGGGAGGAGAAGUCACAGGAACUUGAUGCUCUAGUUAAUUACCCCAAUCCAUUUAGACCACUAAACAAAUCUAACCAGGCCUGCCCCUUUGGGAGGGUUCCUGUUAAACUAGUAACUGAUGCUGGUGAUGAUGUGACAAAGACAGAUGUCCCACUUACAGCUAGUGUUAUGAAGAGGCAACUAUCCAGCUCCAAAUGUACAGCCUUCGUUUCACCUUUUCCACUAUCAGAACCAAAAUCUAGUGGGGGUGAUUCAUACGACCUGGGAGACUUACAGUCCUUACAAGAAAAAAAUUCUUUACAGUUGCAGAUGUUGGAUGAGAACAGCUUAGAAACUGCUACCAAUUCAACUGUAACUCUCAAAGCCAAAAUGGAUACAAGUCUUGCAAUGAAAAGAGAAGAAAAAGUCCAGCAUCAGAAGCUGAAGAUACCAGAGCCAAGGAGUCUGGAAAGUCAACAACAACAAUCUAGUUCUGGUAAAAGCUUUAGAAAUCAGUUGGAUCAGAUUAAACUAAACGGUGUUAAUGCCAGCAAAAAAUGGCCAAGUCAAGAAAUGACACAGAAAAGCUGCUAUAGAGAGGUAAACCUUGAACAAUCUGGUCAUCCUGUUUCAAGAGGUUUGUCACCACCAGAUGCUGUUUCUAAGAAAAGUGAUCCAUCACAUGUUUGUGGAACACCAAGCACCACAUGUAAUGACUAUAUGGACUGUUUCAGAACACCAGUUGUAAAGAACAACUUUCUACCCGGAUGUCAAAUUUCUACUCCCUACAGCCAGCUUCCAUAUUUCCUACCGCAUACUCCAGCAACUCCAUUUCAAAAUCAAGUUGGUUUGCAGGUUCCAGCUCCUAUACCUUCACAUGAAUGUCUUGCCAUCAAAGGAAGAGUUUAUACAAUAUUAAAGCAAAUAGGUAGUGGAGGCUCAAGUAAGGUGUUUCAAGUAUUGGAUGAAAAGAAGCAGCUGUAUGCUGUCAAAUAUGUGAAUCUAGAAGAAGCUGAUCAACAGACUGUUGAGAGCUAUAAGAAUGAAAUUGCUCAUUUGAGUAAACUGCAGCAACAUAGUGAUAAGAUCAUCCGCCUUUAUGGCUAUGAAAUUACUGAUCAUCAUAUCUACAUGGUAAUGGAGUGUGGAAAUAUUGAUCUCAAUAGCUGGCUCAAAAAGAAGAAAAACAUUGAUCCAUUGGAACGAAAGAGCUAUUGGAAAAAUAUGCUGGAAGCUGUUCACACAAUCCAUGAAUAUGGCAUUAUUCACAGUGAUCUGAAACCAGCAAACUUUCUGAUAGUUGAUGGAAUGUUAAAACUAAUUGACUUUGGCAUUGCAAACCAAAUGCAGCCAGAUGUGACAAGCAUCGUUAAAGAUUCUCAGGGAGGCACAAUGAAUUAUAUGCCACCUGAAGCAAUAAAAGAUAUGUCUUCCUAUGGAGAAAAUGGGAAAUCUCGAUCUAAGAUAAGUCCCAAAAGUGAUGUCUGGUCAUUGGGAUGCAUUUUGUACUGUAUGACAUAUGGAAGGACUCCAUUUCAACAUAUAACAAACCAAAUUAAUAAACUGCAUGCUAUCGUUGAUGCUAGUUAUGAAAUAGAAUUUCCAGAUAUUGCCGAGAAGGAUCUUCAAGAUGUGCUAAAGCGCUGUUUAAUAAGAAAUCCUAAACAAAGAAUAUCUGUUUCGGAGUUGCUGAUACAUCCCUACGUUCAAAUUCAAAGUAAUUGUCAAACAGGUGUUCCAAGUGCAAAAGGAACAACAGAGGAAAUGAAACGUAUCCUUGGCCAGCUAGUUGGCUUGAAUUCUCCCAACUCUAUUUCUAGAGCUGCUAGGACUUUAUAUGAACAGUGCAACAGUGGUAAAAGUCUUGAUGUAUCAGCAUUUGCAAAACUUGGGAGUCAAAAAUCAUGGACAACAAAAUGA